CCUAGAGGGCAAUCCCCGCAAUAUGCCGGACAUCAGAGCAGCAAUCAUUGCCGUCUUGGACAUCCGUGCUGCCAGCCUCAUGAGGACCCGCCCGCUACGACCAUCCCCGAUAAGAUUCAUGCAUGUUUAGUGCAGUGCACAGAGCCGUGUGCACAAAUCCCUUCGCUAGGGUCUACCGUACCUGUACUUCGAGGACAGCUGACAGCCAACAAACUCAUUUUUGGGAGGAUGUUAUCAGCACCACAGGGCUCCAGAGUCAUGAAUGCAUAAGGUUGCGUUCAUUGCUGCCUACCAUUGGUCACGAAGCACUGCCGCCGUCAAAGGUGUGCUAUACAGGAGAUACCUUACUCAGGUGUAGGGUUCAAGUAUGCCAGGAUUCAGUCGAUUCCAACUACUACAAGUGGGACCGAACCGACCGACCUUUCCCCAUACACCAUCCAAUCAAUUCACCGAUAGAUACGUUUUGGGGCUCUCAUCACGACGGGAAUCUUCUUUCCUCUUCAUGCGGACGGGGCACAUUAUUAAUACAAGGCGGGUUUGAUUGGAAGAGAAAAGAUUUUUUUUCCCUUCCUUGAGAAUCCAGAUACCGAUAGAGUAAGCAAAACACGAACGGGGUCAGUCCGAAGGCACGCCCUUGGAGAACUAAUAUGAAAUGGUAUCUUGUUGGGAAGGAAAAUUUUCUUUGCUUAUGGGGCUAAUCGAAGAUGGGUCUUUCCCGCCGUUAUCACAUCAGCACAUGGUCGAUCUGGACAUCUAUGAUUUCUGGGUACUUGGUUUUCGGGCAUUCAUUUAUGCUCGAGAAUUGCAAGCCAGCAACGAUAUGACUUUCUAACAAAACCGGAACAAUAAACAAUAAACAUUCAAGUCAACAUGCCGGGAUGUUCUCAUACAGCUU